ACCACUUCCAUACGAAGAGAUAUCGAAAUACAAUAUAUUUUCACAGGAGUUAAAUCGGCCAGGACAUGGAUGAAUCAUUUUUGGAUUUGGUUUUCAUUAAUAUUUGCCGACUUCAAAAUAAGCGAAAACAAUGCAGGCGGAAUCGUCACUGGGCGGAAUCGUCACUGGGCGGUUCAUCCCGUUAAUAGAGAUCGGUUGCCAAAUGGGUAUUUUAAGAAAGUCUUCUUAAAAUCAAAACCCGUUGAUAGUAAACUUUUUCUAUUAACUAGGAUGAACCGUUCAGUGUACAAUUUGUUAAUCAAUUUAUUGCGAGCUUUCCUCGAAAAGCCCAAGCAACAAAUUAGUGCAGAAGAGCGCCUUGUAAUAACGUUAAUGUACCUUGCCCACGGGACGCGAUUUGAAAUUAUUGCUUCGAUGCAUAAAUUGGGCAGAACAACGGUCCGCAACAUUGUGUUUGAGACGUGUGAGCUAUUAUGGACCACCUUAUCACCAACAUAUCUCAGCGAACCGACUACGACUCAAUAUAAGCAUAUUGCGGAUGAUUUUUUUAAUCUGUGGAAUAUCCCAAAUUGUGUCGGAGCGGUUGAUGGAAAGCACGUUGCCAUCAUAUGUCCUAAAAACUCUGGCUCGUUGUACUACAACUAUAAAAAAUUUUAUAGUAUUGUAUUGAUGGCAACCUGUGAUGCGAAGUAUACGUUCACAUCAGCCAGUAUAGGAAGCUAUGGAGGACAAAGUGAUGGAGGUGUUUUCCAACAAUCAGCCUUCGGACGUGCUCUUCUAGAGAAUAGAUUGCCACUACCACCGAAAGCCCCUCUGUGGAAUGGAGACACAGAGAAUUUCCCACAUUUUUUUGUGGGCGAUGCUGCGUUUCCUCUCAAGGAAAACUUAAUGCGUCCGUACCCUGGCACCCAACUUACUCGAAGCAAGGAAGUUUUCAAUUACCGGCUAUCGCCAGCUCGCCGCGUAAUAGAAAACAGUUUCGGAAUUUUAACUGCUCGGUGGCGUGUCCUGCGGCAAGCAAUUGACUGUACUCCAGAAAAUUGCGAGAAAAUUGUGUUGGCGUGUUUAGUUCUGCACAACUUUGUGAUGCUUAACGAUCACAAACGUUGGUAUUGCCCAGAUCAAUAUGUGGACGCAUAUAGCACGGAGUAUGGCACAGUAAAUGGAGAAUGGCGUAAUGAGUUGGAAAGUAUUGGUGGUCCAUUGCCAUCAAUAACUUCUUCACGACGCAACGCAACUUCUGCAGCAUUUCGUAUGAGGGACAGAUUGGCGGAUUACUUUUUAAAUCAAGGGGCGGUUACAUUUCAGUAAAAUAAAUAUAGUUAUAAAUAUAUGUAUAUCGUCGCCU